AGAAGACUGGUCUGUCUCUCUCUCUCUCUCUCUCUCUCUCUCUCUCUGUAGUUGUUGUUCAUCAUCGAAACAACUCCUGCUCCUCCUCCUCUACUUUGUGAUUUUUUAUAGUAAAAAGUACCUGGAGAAUUGAAUUAAGACAUUGUUGCUGCUGCUGUUGAUCCCUUCUUCUUCCUUUCACUAAAAACUAGUAACCAUCAGGUAGGUAAUAGAAGGAGAGUCUAGGAUCUGGAUGACUGAAUCUCUCUGAGGAGUUUCAGGUUUCGAUAAUUCAUGCAAUAAUUGCAAAGGUCCCAUCUGGAGAUACUGCACCAUCUAAUGAGUGUGACUAAUUUUGGAUAAGAAGAUUUGGGUCUUGUUGAUUUCAUUCUAACUAGCAUUCAUGAUUGGAAAAAUGGUGGAAGGGCCCAAAUUUACUGGAAUCAUAGGAGGAAAUACCAACAAUGAGAACAACUACUAUGAUUUCACUCAAGGGUUUUACCAAAAACUUGGUGAGGGCACCAACAUGUCUAUCGACAGUUUACAAACAAGCAAUGCAGGUGGAUCUGUCUCAAUGUCAGUGGAUAAUAGUAGUGUGGGAUCCAGUGAUUCUUUAACCCACAUCUUAAGCCAUCCAGGUUUAAAACCUGUCAAUCACCACAACUACAGUGUCUCGGUGGGACAGAGUGUGUUUCGCCCGGGGAAGGUCACCCAUGCACUAAAUGAUGAUGCGUUAGCUCAAGCAUUGAUGGAUCCUAAGUACCCAACUGAGGGGCUGCAGAAUUAUGAUGAAUGGACAAUUGAUUUGAGAAAACUCAAUAUGGGGACAGCCUUUGCCCAAGGUGCUUUUGGAAAGUUAUAUAGAGGAACAUAUAAUGGGGAGGAUGUUGCAAUUAAGAUAUUAGAGAGGCCAGAAAAUAGCCCUGAGAAGGCACAAUUGAUGGAGCAGCAGUUCCAGCAAGAAGUUAUGAUGCUUGCAAAUUUAAAGCACUCCAAUAUUGUGCGAUUUAUUGGGGGCUGCCGUAAGCCCAUGGUUUGGUGUAUUGUGACCGAAUAUGCAAAGGGAGGGUCAGUUAGGCAGUUUCUAACAAGGAGGCAGAAUCGUGCAGUGCCAUUGAAAUUGGCAGUCAAGCAAGCAUUAGAUGUCGCAAGGGGAAUGGCAUAUGUUCAUGGACUUGGAUUUAUACAUCGUGAUUUGAAAUCAGAUAACCUUCUGAUUUCAGCUGAUAAAUCUAUAAAAAUCGCUGAUUUUGGUGUUGCACGGAUUGAGGUGCAGACUGAGGGGAUGACACCGGAAACUGGGACAUAUCGUUGGAUGGCUCCAGAGAUGAUUCAGCAUAGGCCCUAUACGCAGAAGGUGGAUGUGUAUAGUUUUGGGAUUGUCCUUUGGGAGCUCAUAACAGGUUUGCUCCCCUUCCAGAACAUGACAGCAGUGCAGGCUGCAUUUGCAGUGGUGAACAAGGGAGUGAGGCCAGUUAUCCCAAAUGAUUGUCUGCCUGUACUGAGUGACAUCAUGACCCGCUGCUGGGACACCAAUCCUGAAGUCCGCCCCCCCUUCACUGAGAUUGUCAGGAUGCUUGAGAACGCUGAAACUGAGAUCAUGACUAGUGUGCGCAAGGCACGUUUCAGGUGUUGCAUGACUCAACCCAUGACAGUUGACUGAUCCAGAACAUACGACCGAAAAACAGAUCGUAAAGAGGAUACAAAUGAAAACUGAAGUAUAAACUGAAGCUGUAUGAACUGAACUUGUAUGUUUGUGUAUGUAUCAGUAUUUUUUUUUUCAAGAUAGGGAGAAGUUGACCAUUUAGAUUGAUGGUUUCUGUUUUUUGGUGUCAAUUGUACUGGAGUAGCGUGGUUGAAGGUCAUGGUUUCCUAGCUGUAGUAGUAGGGGAGCAUUGAUGUAUCUUCCCUCUGUAGCCAUAUAUAUGUACCUGCCCUUUUCGUUGUUGUUGGUUGUUGUUUUUAAUAUAACAAAUGCAGGUUCUCUUUGGAUUAA